CUGACUAACCUAACUACUGUCUUUCAGCAUCACCCAAACAUUAGCUUGUUGAGUAGCUUUUAGCUAGCCAAACUAUUCAAAAAAAUAGAGCUCCUACCCAAGCAAAUAUAUGAGUCGCAAAAGAAAUCACAGCUUCGCUGAAACGAGCCUGUCUCCCGAACUCCAGGGCGCCUUCAUGGAGCCUCCCGGGUCAGCGAGCCGAGCCGACGGAGAUUUCCUGGAGCUGGAGCACGACGAGGAGCUGCUCUGCUCGGUCAGCGACAUCACCGAACACCUCGGCAGAAACAUCACCGUGGUGCUGGAGACAGCGCUGUCUGAGAUCCGGAAAAUGGUCAGCAUCAGGAUACGAGUCCUAAAAAUGGAGCUACGUGAGAAAACUGAAGAAAUUGAAGUGUUAAAGGCGAGACUAGAUACAGUCCAGAGGGAUGGUAGGGACACUUUCCCUGGCGUUACGACUAUGGAGCAGUCUGCAGAUGCUGGCUUCAAGAAACAUGACUUUAUCUCCGGCAACAAACACAAUAGUGUGGACCCCAGGAGAGCCAAGGCUGUCAUGCCUGGUGUGAAGAAGGAGAAUAUAGAUGCUAUUUGCGACUAUCUAAUGAAAGACAAGAACUCGAGAGGGUGUGCUGAAAUGGACGGAGACCAGAGCAGCCAAGCCAGCAGCGACAGGGAGACUCGCCAAGAUCCGAUCGCGCACUCCCUCAACCUGUGGCCGGACAGCGGCAUGGCUGGCUCCGGGCCUGGGCACGGAGACUCCGAGUCUACCACAGAUGAUCUCUUUAGUAUGCUCCCCUCUGGCAGCAAACGGAUGUAUGACUACGAAUGGAUAGCACCUAUGGAGUAUUCUUCAGAACUGAAAGUCAUGAAGGAACCCGAGUGCGAGACCACCCCGACUGGUGAGACAGAGGAUGAAGAGGAUGACGAGGAAGAUGAGUCGCCGAGGAGGGAGGGGGGGGGACUGGAGCAGGCCCAGACCCCGCUGUCACACGUCCAGCCCUCUGAGUUCUCCAUGGAGCCCCAGAGCUCUUCAGGGGAGGGAGGGAGUCCCCUGGAGGGCAACACCGACAGGCCUGUAGCAGGCCAGCAGUUCCCCGGCCAUACCUAUAUCUGCUCUCUGUGUGGAACCUUCUGCCCUGACUCUUUGUUCCUAGAGGAACACGUCAAACUGAUACACUCGGACACUGCGGGUGCCCAGGCUCUCCAGGUCCUGCAGUCUACCUGCUCAGCGGCACCCGCCAUGGGAGACGGCAGCAGUGACUCCAGGAGGGGCGAAGGGGUGCAGAACGAGGACGACACAGGAGAAGGGGCUGGUGCCGGCGUCGGGCGAGGUGGGGGUCCUGUGAAAAAGGAGAUUAAAAUCGAAGGGGGGUACGAGUGCGGGGACUGUGGCCGCCAUUUUAACUACCUUGGCAACCUGCGGCAGCAUCAGCGUAUCCACACCGGAGAGAAGCCAUUCAUGUGUCCAGAGUGCGGGGAGAGGUUCCGCCACGCAGCACGUUUAAAAAGCCACAGGCUGGUGCACAGCGGGGCCCAGAGUCCCUUCCCCUGCCCCCAGUGCGGGAAAGGUUUCUCAGUGCUAUCUGGACUCAAGAGACACCAACGGGUGCACACCGGCGAGAGCCCGUACGCCUGUCCACAGUGCGGCAGGCGUUUUAAAGAGCUGGGGAACCUGUACACCCACCAGAGGAUCCACAGCGGGGCUACGCCCUACUGCUGCCAGCAGUGUGGGCGCAGCUUCCGCCACCUGGGAACUUACAAGAGCCACCGGUGCACCCCUGCACAGUAGCCAGCCCAACACUUUUUCUGAUACUGAGACAUGUGUGUCAAAGACAGGAUACGGUGCUGAGACUCUGAGGCGUGUGUCUUCAUUGCUUCAUUGCUCUGUGUUGACACUGAGGGGAGGCGCAGGUCAUGCGGAGAACAGGGCUGGUGUCACGAGACGCCGUCCAAGCUUUCAUGUUCUGUCACAUUCAUGACAUUUCACACCUGCAUCAGGCAUCGAGAAAAGCUGCGUCAUUGAGCUCGAGUUGCCUCGGAAACAACAGUUUGACAAAGUCAAACUCGAGGUCUACAUCACAUGGACUCCUUAUCAGCCGACGGAGUUUGCUCAGUUGAACUGUAGAUAUUCAAACUUUCUAUUUUAUCAGAGGACUUUAUGGACUUCUUAUCCUUGUUAGUAGAACAGUUUGGAAGGUACAUUAUUAUCUACAGUUCCAUGAAAACAGAGCAAAUUCCCUCCGCUGACAGAUGACCGCUCUUCUUAAAAAAAACAGUAUCAGAGGUCGUCAGGCAUCACGUGGAGCCUGUAAGAGGUGAUGUUUCACUGGAUGGCAUCAGUGCAGAGGCUCAUAAAAAGACUAUACCAGUGUUUUAGCAUGUUUUAGCCCAUUUACUAUCAUUUGUGUAUACAUGAAAGAAUUCUUCGUGGUUGUUACAACUUGGGUUUGUAGUUCGCAGACUCAUUUCCUGCUUUAAUGUUGACCUGCUGCACUUACUGUAGUUGUGAACACAGUUUCUACUCACUUUGUUUGACCUCCAAAUAAAGUGGUUCAGAUAAUCUGGAUGAACUGUUGGCUCGUUACCCAAGUUGUAAUUAACCGUAAUUAUCCUUCAUCUAUUUUCUGAAGCAUAUUUCAGUAUUAAAAUCCGCUUGAAGAGAUUUGAAGCUGGCUUGAGAUAGGUAAUUAGUCAAUGCAAACAUUAUUUGAUGUAAUUACAUUGUCGCUCAGUAGCCAGGUUUCGCCAUUGUUAUCGUUUUUAAGCUUUUAAAACUUGUUUGCGAUAUUUUAAGAUAUUUUUUUAGAAUUUCCGGCGUUUCAAAUCUUAAAGUUUUUAAACUUUCAAAUUGUAUUUAUUUAACUCAAUAUCACAAUUUGCCUCAGGAGGCUUUUGGCCUUAGACCCCUGCAGUGGUUUUUUCUUUACAUUUUCAAUUUGCGCAUAAAGGCAUUUUAUUUUUCAUCUUAAUCUUUUCUGAAUAUAAGAUUUUUUACAACAUUAUGACCACCUGGAAUGAAACAAUUAAAGACCAACUGAUCAGCUUGAUGAACAUGGAAGGAAAACGCUAUUUCUUGUUUGCAUGUACUAGGUCAGAGGUCUUCCGGUUGACUCGUUUGAAUGACGAAUACAGACUACCGCCGCCUGCUGAUGUGGAGAGUUAUUGCUACUCGCGCAGGCGCAGUACGUUCGUGGUCGUUGCGGUGUGUUCAAUUGUAUCGGAGAACCUACGGUGGCCUUCUGGUAACGUAAAAAUGUGAAAGGCCCUCUCUAGAGUUAGAGUUUCUUCAUUCUGGGCAACUGUAGUAACAUGGCGGACUCCGUGGAAGACGUAGAUACGAAGGACUCACUUAAUGCUGACUGGAUUACCUAUCUCAAAUACAUUUCAGUGCUCUGCAGUAUUUCAGGAAUGGCUGCCAGUUAAAAACAUUAAAAACAUGACUGAACGCUGGUACGAAUGGAAGAUGGUCGAGAGUAAACUUUUGAGAUUUGAAGAGACAUGGCUGGCGUAUAUGAUUCAAAUAAAAGUUACUAUUGAGAACAUUUCACACUGAUACACAUGGUUCAAGCACAACAGGAAGUGUUGAGUAUAUCUAAGAGUUUGAAUCCAUUCAUUCAUGUGCGCCUUAACCUGCUGAGCCUCCAGAACACACAGCCAUCACCUCACUCUGUGGUGAUGGAUGGAUCUGAGUAGUGGGAUACCAGCACCCCCAUGUGGACUGAUUGUGUAACUACAACAAGAUAUCUUCUUGGUCAUACUGCUGGCUGUCUUUUAUCAUGACACUGCUUGGUGCUAUGUGUAGAGCAGGAAGUGCAUCAUAUAUUUUUUAACCAGUGUAAUGUAUGAUACAGCCUAUAUAAAAAAAACAUAACGAAAUUUAACAUCCCAAGCGUGACAUGUGUUACUCAAUUGAUCCAAUUCAGUGAAAGCCCAUUAAAGAAAAUGGACUUAAGCUUUUCUGUAAAAUGAGAUUUAUGUCUUAGCACUUGUGUGGAAGACUAAAAGCAAGAAGACAACUUUUCCAAACCUGUGAAACUGAAACGCUAACCAUUGACACUGCUUUCUAAU